AGAGAUCUGUUGUCUGAAUUAAACCUCCUAAAGAAACUAGAACCUCAUCCACAUGUAAUAACACUUUUGGGUUGCAUCACAGAGGAAAAAGGUAAUUACACGUAUAAUUGAUCACUAUCUUUUUACACAAAUUUGAGGAUAUUUAUUGAUUACUCCUUCCGCUCACACAGGCAUAUAAAUAAUGCAUAAAGUAUAGUAAAUUGAAUAAUGCAUGCUUUUGAAGUAAUUUUCAGUUUUUCUUCUUCAAAUGUUUAGCGUGCAUUUUAAAUUAAUCAUUGUGCUAUGAGCAGUGCCAUUAUUGUGAUUAAUAUAAGUAAUUUUAGUUUUCUAAGUUAUUUAUAUAAAUACUGUAAGCAUUAAAAUUUUCCAACUGAAAAGGAUAAAGAUUCCCAUCGGCCAAUUAAACAGAUUCUGUUAUAAGUAAGAUUCAUUUGUCAUUUGCCGUGCGUUGCUUUUCGGGGGGUAAUGAGGGUCUUUAGAAAAUCGCUCUUGAAAAAUGACUUUCACACCAAUAAUGACCGAGUUUUGAGUAUUUCCAGGUGCAAAAUGAUAAUGCUUCUAUCCCAUAAAAAUCUUUUAUCUCAGGUGUAAAUUGUACUUAUAUAUUUAACCUUCAAAAAGCCAUGCGUUGACAUAAAAAAAUCACGUCUAAUACUCAAAAAAGUAAGUUUUACAAGGCCCAGUGGGUCGAUUCUGGCCCAUUCUUCUCUAAUUUAUGACUCUUCAAAGCGAAGUAGUAUUCGAAUUUGCCGCUUUAACGGUUAUGAAUGGUUAAUGAUGUCUGCGCAUACUGCUCGAUAAUGUAGGAGCUAAGGCUUAUUAGCGCAAGUAAUAAAAACAAAAACAAAAAAAGGAGGUACAAGAGGUAUUAUCUCAAUUUCUUGGUUCAUUCUUCUAAUUUAUUCUUACUUACUAUACAAUUCAACCUUAAAGAUCAAACAUUGUUUAAAAAAAAACUUUCAUUCACUUCAGAUAGUCUAUGUCUUUGAAUAUGCUUUGCAAUGCAUAUUUUGAAAGCAGUUUUUAUCAUUCUAUAGAAAACCCAUAUGUAAUCAUUGAGUAUGUACCUUACGGAGAUCUUCUCGGUUACCUUCGGAGAAGUCGUGGUUUGCACGACUGUUAUUACGAAUAUCCCGAGAUAAAACCAGCGACGUACCUGACCUCCGAGCAGAUCCUGACGUUCGCCUGGCAGAUAGCUGACGGCAUGCAAUAUAUCUCAUCUAAAAGGGUGCGUGUUUUCAAUUGAUGAUUUUUUUAUAACAUUCCCUUGUAUCCUCAAUAUCGUCAUCUCUUUUGUUUGUUUAGUUUUGUUUUCGUUUUCUAUCAAUAGAUCAUCCACCGAGACCUAGCAGCAAGGAAUGUAUUGGUUGGUGAAAACCUCAGAUGCAAGAUUACAGAUUUUGGGAUGGCUCGCGAUAUUGAUUUGCAAGAUAUUUAUAUACCUCGUAAUCAGGUAGUUCCUUUUCUCAGCAGUUAUCCUGCCCAAACUGUUUCAAUAAUGAAAGGACAUCCACUUUGACUAAGAUUUUUAAUAUAAUGACCGCUUAAACUUAGAUAUAGAUGAAAUGAUGAGAGAUGUAAGCUCGUCCUUCACCUCGGUCUGCAGAUCUUACGUUUGCCUUCCGCUCUUUUCUUAUAUAUUUAUGGUUUUAAUUGAUUAAUUUAUUCUUUAACAGAUGGAUCGAGAUCGAUGCGCUAGAAUCUCUCGAUGUCUUAGGAACUAAUGCUAUUUGAGAUCCGAUCACUAUAAAAAAAGAAAGAAGGUGAAAAUAAAAAAAAAAAGAGGAAAAGAAAGGAAGAAAGAAAAAGAAAGAAGAUAAAUAAAAAAAAAUAAGAAAAAGACACUAAAUCCCUCAGUUAUUCCAAAAGGGGAUCACCGAAAAUUAAAUAUAUCCUCAGAAAAAUGAAGGUUUCUCCUCAUAAACUUCUUUCAAUACAGGGUCGAAUUCCUGUUAAAUGGACAGCAAUUGAAGCAAUGACUGGAAGGAUGGAAUACUCAACGAAAAGUGAUGUGUAGGUUUAGCCUACGUGUAGUGUAGCAGUACCCUUCCCCCGCUAAGGUGAAACGAAGGCGAGGCAACGUCAACGCAAACCUGACAUUAAUCGUGUUCCGUGAAGUCACUCUUUUGCAAAAAAAAUGUAUAAUGACUGUUUUAUUGGUGAAUCCCUUUUAUAAAAUUAUUCAAAUAGUACGCGCACUCUGAUUGGCCAUAAAAACAUUUUACAUGAGCGUAUGUAAACACGGUUUUCGUUCCUCUUUCAUUAGUUAUUUUAUAAAAGAAAUGUAAAAUGGUUUCCGUGUUUACAUAGCCUGAUGUAAACACUUGGGAGGUUAGGAGAACACUUGAUAAGCUGGAAACCACUCCGCUUCGCGUCGUGGUUUCCUACGCUUAUCUCGUGUUCUCCCAACCUUCUGCGUGUUUACAUCAGGCUCUGUAAACACGGAAACCAUUUUACAUUUCCUCAUUGUCAACUCAUUCGUCGAUUCUGAUUGGUUCUAGCUGUAAUUUAUUUUCAUAUUAACAAACAAGAUGCUGAAUAAAAUGUUUUCACGGUCAACUUUCCAGAGAACAGCGAUCUACGACGAGGUUUUAAGGCAAGUUUGCGCGGUGUUUGGGAUAAAGACAUUUCAAGAAGAACAGCAGAAAGCGAUAGAUAUUUUUUUCGAAGGUAACGAUGUCUCCCUUUCGUUACCAGCUGGCUAUGGAAAAUCCUUAUUACAUCAAGUUGCGUCUGUGAUCAAUCACCUUUCUUCUUUAGGGGAAGGCGGUCACUAUAUUUUUUAUUUUUUUAAAGCUCUCAGAGAAGACCAGGUGCACUAUCUUAAUGCACUUGGGCCAAGAGGGUUGUCGGCCUUCAACUUUCGGUCUCUUUGCGAACGGUGCUUUGAAGGUAAAUUAAAGCCAGUCGUUUCAUACAGCGAUAACUUGCAGCGUAACUCAAGGAAACCUUUGAUAUCCUUGAGAUUCUGCGGCAGAUGAUCCACCUCUUUUCGACGACCGUGGCACUGUUUACAAAUGCAAGCAGAAACCGCAUGGACAUUGAAAUCUAGUUUCGUAAGUGCGAUGCUAAUCGAUUAGUGUCAGGUUUGCGUAGACGCUCCCUCGCUUCCGUUCCAUCAUCGGGGAGGGUACGGCUACACGUAGGCUAGUGUAACUUAAGAUAAAUGAAAUUACAAACUUGAAACAUUUAAAGCCUUUUUAGAAAACAAGAAAAAGUAAAUCUAGAAAUCUUACAGCUGAAGUAGAAGAUAAGCACCUCUCAAUUUAGCUAGAAUACGGAGAUCUAGGAAAUCUAAAGGCAGAAAAUACUGAACUUUUGUUUUUACUUUCAUGCAGGUGGAGUUUUGGAAUCGUUUUAUACGAGAUUUGCACCAUUGGUAGGUCUUAUACUGACCUCGUAGUGGUUUAAGGUUUAAGAUUUAAGAAGGCAUCGAUCGAAAUAGAGUAUACAAGUACCAAUCAUCUGCCGUGACAGGUAAUGAUGAAGCUCUUUAGGAUAGUAUAUUUACUUUCAGACUUCCGUGGGAAAUGGAGAAAAUCGUAAGCAGUCAGUAUUUAUGAGAGACCAAGAAUAAGAGAUGAGUGAUUUCUAACACACGUGUGCAUAUAUUCAAUCAACAGCUUGCUUUCUCUUUCAUGAUAAUAUUUCAAUAAAACAGCUUCUAUCGGUUUGAGUGUUUGUCAUCCAAAGCAAGCUCUCGUAAUUUGUUCCUCUAUCACUCGAGAAAAGUUAUAAAGUAAAAUUAAGAGAUUCUUUGGUCAUCAUAGUACAUUGACUGUCAUCUUAAAUUAUUACACACUUUAGGCGCUGAACCUUAUCCCGGAAUAAGUCCAUAUAAGAUUCCAAGAGUAUUACAAAAGGGGUACAGAAUUCCUAAACCUGAUUAUUUUAAGGAUGAGUUGUAAGUAAUUCCUAACCUCUCUACAGUAAUUUUCAAUAUGAUAAUGGCAAAAGAUCUUUCAUAAGGUAAUCUAAGUUAAUCCAUAAUGUAAUGUAUCGCAAUCCAACUGAACUCUCAAAAACGCAUAGCUAAAGCUACAACUUUCUAAACCUAGCGUUAAAAUAAAAGAAUUUCUAGGAAACUAAACCAAAUGCAGUGCAAAACUCAUAGGUUACUCUCCGCCUCGUCUCCAGCUGUUAUGUAGUUAUUUACCCAUUUAUAUCUGUCGUAUGAAACGGAUAAGGUGCAAUCAGGGCGAUGCGCGAAACCUAAAUCGACAUUCUGUUGAUUUUAAAAUUUUACUACCGUUGGUAAUGUUGUAUUCUGUGAGCACUAACCAUGGAAAAUACUGGAAUUCUUCAGGUAUAAUAUCAUGCUGAAUUGUUGGGAAACGGAUCCUGAAAUAAGACCGUCAUUUGAGUUUUUGUGCUCUUCCAUCAGGGGAUUACAAAAGUCUAAUCAGGUUAGAAUUCUUGUAACAAAUGUUACUCGUAUUGCAGGUCCUCUUAAGUAUUUAUCUUGUAAAUCAGUGCCCAGGAUUAUGAUCGUGCGAGUGAUGGACGAAUGGUAAAGUCAUUUUUUGUGCUCAGGAACACGAGCCACGGGAGAUUUGCAUACAAAACUGAAAAUUUUGGGGCACAUCCUUUCUGGUGACAAAUCAGUGUCGCAAUUUCUUGUGAAGUUGAGUUGUUUCCUAUUGCGGGCAUGUCCCAUCAGCAGUGAAAAGGUCUUGGAAAGACGCUUUUGACGAGUUUUCCUUUCACUUCUGAUCUUAAAUUUCGUCGUUGCUCUCUUUUGCAGAAUUAUGUCAACGUACAAGACUGCCUUGAGACUCACCAAAGUUUAUAA